AUGAUCGAAGGAGUAGAGAUAGUAGUUCCGAAAGUUAUGAUCGAAGAAGUAGAGAUAGGCAUUCAAGAAGUCAUGAUCAAAGAAAUCAGUCAAGAAGUUAUGAUCGAAGUAGAGAUAGUAGAAAUAGUCGAAAAAGUAGUUGUGACAGAAGAGAACGAUCAAGAAUUUAUGAUAGUAAAAGCAGUGAUAAAUGACAUUCAAAAGCUAUUUCAAGAAUUUAUUAAACAGAACCUGAAAUUAGAUAAUACAAGCCUAUUUAUAGAUUAUAAAGACCAAAGCCAGGAUUUAUUAGUCAAAAUCGUUCAAGAGUUCAAGGUCAAUCAAGCCAAAGUCGAUCAAAAACCAAACAGCCCAAAACGAGCUCGAACUUAUGAUACUGAUUAUUAUGAAAAAGAACAAUCAAAACCAUUCCAAGCACCAGAUUGGACGAUUAAUGGAUAUAGAGGAUCAUUGAGAACAGCUAUACAAAAUGCUUGCUGUGAGCAGUCAUCAACUAUGCUUUUUCAAACAAAUUCCCAAGAAAAUACACAAAGGCCUUCACAAAUCUCAGAUUGCUAA